AUGGGGAAAAUCAAGAAAGUGAAUCGUAGGUCUCACAUUGCUACUCCAUAUCCAUCACCACCGUCUUGUUGCAAGAAAGAAUGGGCAGGCACAAACUGUCCGGUGUGUUUGGAGUCUCCACACAAUGCUGUUCUUCUCCUGUGUUCGUCUUACCACAAAGGAUGUCGUCCUUAUAUGUGCGCAACCAGCAGCCGUUUCGCCAACUGCCUUGACCAAUACAGGAAAUCAUACGGCAACGAAGACUCGGACCAACCCGAGCUUUUGUGUCCGCUAUGCAGGGGUCAGGUGAAAGGUUGGACUGUCGUGGAAGAUGCUCGGAUGCAUUUCAACUCCAAGAGAAGGACUUGUAUGCAGGAUAACUGUAACUUUGUAGGUAACUUCCGAAAGCUCAAGAAACACAUGAAGGAGAAACACCCGCAUGCUUGCCCGAGAGCGGUUGAUCCAGCUUUAGAAACGAAAUGGAAGAGGCUUGAGAGGGAAAGAGACAGAAGAGACGUGAUUAGCACGAUAAUGUCAUCGACUCCUGGUGCUGUUGUGUUGGGAGAUUAUGUGAUAGAGCCGCAUAACCGAGCUGUUUAUGAUGAAGAUGACGAAGAAGAUUUCAGUUCGGAUGAUGACUCUCUGAGCAACGGGAUACUGGAUCUGGACUCAUGGCAAGGACAACGCCAUCAUAUUCGGUUUAUCGAUAUGGAAUCAACCGAUUUCGCUUCCACUUCACGAUCCCCUGCUUCUCCAUCUCGUGCGCUUCGCCGUAUGCUCUUUCAAAGGAACCAGAGAGGCGGCGAUAGAGGUCGGUAA